UCUUAUUUAAAGUUAGUUUCCCCUCACUGACUGCUGCCUGAACGUCAAAUGAGGCAAGGACUCCCAGGGCUUCAAUGAUUCAGAUCCUGCUCAGGUCAUGGAACUGAACUUUGAUUCAUUGGUGUGCCCUUUGAGUUGACGUAUCGACAUAUACUUAGAUGAUCCGUCUUGGUCGGUUGAUCGGAAGUACUAUUUCAAUGUGUCUGAAGCCUCUCUUUGAAAUUUGGCUGUCCACGCACCUUUUGUCAAGAUAGCAGUUUGUUUUAGGAGUAGUCAUCCCAAUGUCAUUCUUCACCCCCACCCCCACUCCCACUCCCACAGACGAUAAUAUUUCCUGUCCAACCUGGACCCUCGUUUGCGGGAUCGGUCUGAUAGUUAUAGCGGGCAUUUCUUUCCCGUGCUGGGGAGCAAUUUUGUGGUUUACGCUCAUCUGUGUUGUUUCAUGUGUGAGGGGUGUACUUCGCGCUAUACGCAGUGCGCUCUUCGGUAGAGCUUUGAAUGUGCAGCUAGAACCUACGGAGGAUGACGGGGUACACGGAGGAGGUGGAAUGUUAAUCCCUCUAGUGUUUUGCGGGACUUGGAUGAGACCUCGCCGAAAUGAGGAAGACGGGAGUGUGGAUCAGUCUGAAUGGUCAAAUAUUCAGCCUGUAUCUGCAUCUUUGCCUGUCAGCUCUCAGGUUGCAUGUAAACCUGCUGUUGGAGUUGGCAAACCUGAAUCUGCGGUAUCUGCUGAUACCUUCACACGGCCAUCUCCCCAUGAUUCCAAGUCUUCUUCGCCGAUUAAGAAUCCCCCAAAAGCCGCAAUGGUCGCCGUGAUGAUCCAGAUGCCUUCUCCCGUUUUCCGGUGUCGAAAUGAUAGAGAGGGCCAUACAUACAACCCCGCUAGAUCAGACAAUCCGUUGUCAGAGUACCAGAUCGGCGUAGCACAGGUUCAAUAUGUGGACGCUCGAUGUUGA